GGCCACUUCCGAAUGGCAGCACUACUACUUCCGGGGCAGCGCAUCUGUGGCUGAGCUUGCAGCGUUGCCCGUGGCUCCGGAAGCGGCUGUCUCGGUCUCCAGGCGACCCUCCGCCCGCGAUCCCCCCCACCUGCCUUCGCCGCCCCUCGGGGACGGUAGCGACGGCGGCGCCCGCCCGGCCCCAGGUAGAGAAGACUGUGGUUCAGCAUGGAUCAAAGAAGAUAGUAGGGGAAGGCAGCAGAACGUGGGAUAGGAUGGCUUUCUUGGACAACCCGACCAUUAUCCUGGCUCACAUCCGACAGUCGCAUGUGACCAGCGAUGACACGGGAAUGUGCGAAAUGGUCCUCAUUGACCACGAUGUCGACCUGGAGAGAUUCCAGCCAGUUUCAGCCAACGGGGACGGCAGCUCAGAAAAACAAGGCAGCAAUGGCGAGCCUCAGGGUUACGUGUAUUCUCAGUCAGUGGACAUUACCUCAAGCUGGGACUUUGGCAUUCGAAGGCGCUCCAAUACAGCUCAGAGACUCGAACGAUUAAGGAAAGAGAGGCAAAAUCAGAUCAAAUGCAGAAAUGUGCAAUGGAAAGAGAGAAAUACAUCCUAUUCUGCUGAGGAGCUGAGCCUUCUCUUUGAGAAGAAGAACUUCAAGUUAAAGCCUCCCCAUGCUGCUGCGAAGCCAUCAAUCCUCUCAGUCCGACUGGAACAGUGUCCCUUGCAGUUGAACAAUCCAUUCAAUGAAUACUCCAAGUUCGAUGGCAAGGGUCACAUUGGCACUACCGCAACAAAAAUAAUUGAUGUCUACCUCCCACUACAUGCCAACCAGGACAAGUUGCAACCCAUGACUGUGGUGACGAUUGCCAAUGCCAAGGUGCACGACUUGAUCGGUCUUAUCUGCUGGCAGUACACAAGCGAAGGACGGGAACCCAAGUUGAAUGACAACGUCAGUGCUUACUGCCUCCAUAUUGCUGAAGAUGAUGGUGAAGUUGACACAGAUUUCCCACCCUUGGAUUGCAAUGAACCCAUUCACAAGUUUGGCUUCAGUACUUUGGCCUUGGUCGAGAAGUAUUCAUCGCCCGGCUUGGUGGCCAAGCAGUCCCUUUUUGUCCGAAUAAACGCCGCGCACGGAUUCUCCCUGAUCCAGGUGGAGAGCAUGAAGGUCACCAUGAAGGAUAUUUUGCAAAAGGCUUUGAAGCGAAGAAAAGGGUCACAGCGAGGCUCAGGGCCUCAAUACCGCCUGGAGAAGCAAAGCGAGCCAAACGUUCCCGUUGACUUAGACUGUACGUUGGAGAGCCAGAACACGCUGGAAUUCUGCCUCGUCCGCGAGAAUAGCUCGAGAGGCGAGGAGAUCUCAGAGGAGGAUCCGCAGAUCGACAUCGCAACAGUCCAAGACAUGCUGAGCAGCCGUCACUACAAGUCUUUCAAGGUCAGCAUGAUCCACAGACUCCGGUUCACCACGGACGUCCAGUUAGGUAUUUCAGGGGACAAGGUGGAGGUGGAUCCUGUGACCAAUCAGAAAGCCAGCACAAAGUUCUGGAUUAAGCAGAAGCCGAUCUCCAUUGAUUCUGAGCUCCUCUGCACUUGCGAUCUUGCUGAAGAAAAGAGCCCAAGUCACGCAAUAUUUAAGCUCACCUAUCUAAGCAACCAUGACUACAAGCAUCUCUACUUUGAGUCGGACGCUGCCACUGUCAACGAGAUUGUGCUGAAGGUGAACUACAUCCUCGAAUCUCGUGCGAGCACAGCCCGAGCAGAUUACCUGGCCCAGAAGCAAAGGAAACUGAGUCGCAGGACCAGCUUCAGCUUCCAGAAGGAGAAGAAAAUAGGACAGCAGUAAAGGCUAGGCUGGCCUGGAGCCAAACUGAAGAGACACUGUCUGCUCAGGGCCGAGCAGGAGAUGCCCUCAGUUGCCUGGGACAGGAAGGGGUUCUGGCAUUCUGGUUGCUAGCCGCCAACCAGAGUUGCGAAUGUUCUUUUUACAGAUCAGCAUGACAAGGCCAAUUCUGGCCACGGGCGUCGUCCUUUGAUGGAAACCAAGAGCCAUAUCAACCCGAGGGAGGACGGGCUGCUUUCAAGGCCUCCAGGAAGGGGCCUGUCUAGGCUUGAUGUCACACUUGAUUUUUUUUUUGGAGUUGGUUUGUUUUUCUAGAACUCUUUCUUCUCUAGAGUCGGUGGGAAAGCCGCCGCGGGCUGGCCAGGCAAUCUACAAGGAGCCCAGACAGAGGCUGAACCCUGACGGGGCCUCGAUCUGUAUCACCCCCCUCCCCGCCUUCUCAGACACAUCCCCCCCCUCCCCAAGCAUGAUCACUGGCGAUGUGAUCAAAUUUCUUUUGGGGGGGAGGGGAAAAAACCCUCCACCAAGCCAACUUGUAGGACAAAUGUACCCCUUUUUACUACUAAUAAAUUCCUUAUACUCUUUCUCAA